AUGGAGGGAUCGUCGUACAAAGGUCUGAGAAAAGGUGCAUGGACUCCUGAAGAAGAUAGUCUUUUGAGGCAAUGCAUUAAUAAGUAUGGGGAAGGCAAAUGGCAUCAAGUUCCUUUCCGUGCUGGGGUAAACCGAUGCAGGAAGAGCUGCAGACUAAGAUGGUUGAACUAUUUGAAUCCCAAUAUCAAAAGAGGAGAAUUUACUUCUGACGAAGUUGAUCUUCUCCUUCGCCUUCAUAAGCUUCUAGGAAACAGGUGGUCACUGAUUGCUGGUAGAUUGCCUGGUCGGACCGGUAAUGAUGUCAAAAAUUACUGGAACACCAAUUUGGCUAAGAAGAAAGAACCAAGUUGUACAAGCAAAAUAAGAACUAAAGAAGGGUCUUAUUCAGCUACUGCACCGGUCCAAAAGCACAAUGUUAUAAGGCCUCGACCUCGAUCCUUCUCCAACAACAAUGGGUGCAUCACGCUAAACAAUAUGUCAGCAAUUAUCUUCGGCGAAGCAAGCACCAAAUAUGGUAGUAUCACAAGUAACAAAGAUGACAUCAGCUGUGAUUUUGUAAACAAUCAAAUUGAUGGAGAGAUUAUGUGGGCAAAGAGAUUGCUGGAAGAGAACCAAGAGGCGGAUGCUGUGGGUAGUGUAGGUAUUACAAUCGACGAGGGAGAGAGGUGUUCGAUUGAUUCAAUGUCUUCGACGUUUGAGAAUCUUGGAAGUUUGUUCAGUGCAGAUUCUAGAGAGCUCCAAAUUCAUCAUUUAGUGGUUAAACCUGAAGCAGAACUCUUUGCAUACUGUCAUGAUGAGACCGAAGAUUAUGGUGAAGGAGAUGGAGGUUUUAAAUUGUUGGAUGAUAUUAUUAACGGUCUAUUGUUAAAAGAAAGCCAUGAAAGAGGAAAGUCGUGGAGUUGGAUGUGGAGGUGGACGGAGUCAGUUGGUGGAGUGCAUUCGCCGUUGGAUGUAGCUGGAGUUGAAAGCGUGGUCAACACGUUAGCUUCACUGUCCAACAAAUUUGAUACCAUGGACUCUCAUUUGGGAGAUCAUUUGGUCUUGCUAGGGAAACAAUUUAAAGGUUUAGAACAAAAGGAUCUUGAAGCGGAUGUUGAGGUCGUAAACAAAGGCCAACCUCAAACAAAGGCAGUUUAA